AGAAAUCCGUUUCAGAUUAAGAGAUCAUUUAAUCAUGUUCCCGCUUACAAAGAUAAGAUCUUAGAUGCUUAAGAUGGAAUCUUCGACCCAACCCAUAGCUGGGUGGCAGUUUCGUAAGAGGCAUCUGUGGGUGUCGAAUCAAACCCCUCACCGGAGUUAGGUAGUUUCAUUCUGAAUCACGGCGCCAUGGAGUUAAGACAACGACUUGUACUCCCGAUCCUGAUUCUGAUGUCAUUGGUCGUAAAUGAUACUUUGGCAACAGGAACAUUCAAAUUGGAUCUGAAAAAUUACUUUGGUAAUUCCAGAGAUUUCAAUAAUGAUUGCUGUGACGAGGCGGAUAUCGACUGUGGUGGAUGCGACAUCGGUUUUACGAUCUGCCUCGAUGACUUCCCAAGCUCUGGAUCAUGUACCUACAUGGAUGUUUAUACAGGCCUUCUAGGAGAAGACAUUUCAGCUCUAAAUUUUAGUUCCCUGAUAGGCAAUACGACCAACCCUAUCUUUUCAACCUUCAGUUCUUGGCCGGGUACUGUAGAACUUCGCAUCACAGUGGUUGAUGUGGACAAUGAUGACACAACUUUGGUAGACAGCUACACAACGAUUAUUUCGGGUACACCAGAAUCAUCUGUUGAUUUCGCCAUUGUGGAAACUUUACUCGUUGCCGGGUCUAGAACGAUCUCGAAAACAAGUUUGGAAGUUGAGUAUGCCUUUUAUUGUGACAACUACUACUAUGGCAUCUCUUGCGGUAUAUAUUGCCAGGAUACGGAUGGGGAUAGCGGCCACUACACAUGUGAUUCUGAUGGAUCCAAAGAAUGUCUCGAGGGCUAUGAAGACCCAUCUUCGGACUGUACCACUGAAAUAAAUGAAUGUAUUACGAAUAACGUUAUCUGCUUAAACGGUGGUACGUGUGAAGACAGAUUCCUUGGAUAUAGCUGUUCAUGUCUCGAUUUCUUUAGCGGAGAAUUUUGUGAAAUCGCAUCUGAAUGCCUCAGCUCUCCUUGCCAAAAUGGUGCAACUUGUACGGAAUUGGCUACCAGUGGGUAUAGCUGUACUUGUGCGUCUGGUUUUAUUGGGACCAACUGCGAAAUAGAGAUCAACGAGUGUGAGAGUUCCCCAUGCGUGAACGAGGCUACAUGUGUCGACCUGAUUGGUGAAUUUAGAUGUGACUGUGUGGAUGGGUGGGAGGGAGAAAUAUGCAGUGAAGAAAUCGACGAAUGUGCUAGUAACCCAUGUCUCAAUGGUGCUACUUGUCAGGACUUGUUUGCUACAUACCAAUGUGAUUGUCUCAGUGGCUAUGAAGGAACAGUCUGCGAGACAGAAGUCAAUGAAUGCGAUAGCAGUCCUUGUCAAAAUGGAGCAACUUGUAUCGACCAGAUCAACAAAUAUCAGUGCAACUGUGCUGAUGGAUACUUUGGUGUUGAUUGUGAAGCAGAAACAGAUGAGUGUGCAAGCUUACCAUGUGAAUAUGGUGGUACCUGCACUGAUAUCAUUAAUGGGUAUACGUGCACAUGUGCAGACGGAUAUGAAGGUGUCAACUGCGACAGUGAAAUUCUAGAAUGUGACAGCAACCCCUGCAGUAACGGUGCCACCUGUCAGGAUCUUGUGAAUAGCUAUAUUUGUGUGUGUCCUGGUGGGUUUAAUGGUAUCAACUGUGAAAUAAACAUAAAUGAAUGCAUUUCAGUCCCUUGCCUUAACGGCGCUACUUGCGAGGAUGGAGUGGAUGAAUUUACAUGCAUCUGUACUGAUGGAUUCGAAGGAGAUCUCUGUGAGGACAAUAUUGAUGACUGUGUUGGUAACGAAUGUAAGGAUGGAGCUACCUGUGUAGAUGUCAUUGCCGGUUACUUCUGCGAUUGCACUUCUGGGUAUGAUGGCAUCUUUUGUGAGAUCGACAUUGACGAAUGUUCAAACAAUACUUGCCAGAAUGGAGCUGUGUGCUUAGAUAGGAUCGCUGGAUACGAAUGCGACUGCAGGGAAGGCUUUGACGGACUGUUCUGUGAAGUAGACAUAAAUGAAUGUGAGAGUAUGCCGUGUCAAAAUAAUGCUACUUGCAAUGACCAUGUUGCGGGGUAUAAUUGUUCUUGUCUUUCCGGCUUUGAGGGUGUUCUCUGUCAGGAUGAAAUAGACGAAUGCGCGAGUAACCCAUGUUCAGUUAAUAACUCACAAUGUAUAGAUAUGAUAGAUGGAUUCGAAUGUGAUUGUAAUCCUGGAUAUGAAGGCGACACCUGUGAAAUAGAUAUAAACGAGUGUGCCAGCAUAGAGUGUAAAAAUGGAGCUACAUGUAUAGACAUGGUGGCUGAUUUUAUGUGCACGUGUGUCCAAGGGUAUAUAGGAACCUUCUGCGAGGUGGAAAUAAAUGAAUGCGAGAGUGCGCCUUGUCAAAAUAGUGCUACAUGUCAGGACAUUCUUAAUGGGUACUUAUGUUCCUGUACCGCUGGAUUUGAAGGAGAUAGCUGUGAGGUUGAUAUAGAUGAAUGUUUUAGUAAUCCUUGCGUGCAGAAUGCCACGUGUGAUGAUAGAGCUAAUGGCUAUACUUGUAUCUGUCCUUCUGGUUAUGGUGGGGACAAAUGUGAAUAUGAAAUCAAUGAAUGUGACAGUAAUCCAUGUCAAAACGGAGGUAAUUGCACGGACUAUUUAAAUAGAUAUGAUUGUUCAUGUCCGAUGGGUUAUGAAGGGAGUGACUGUGAAAUUGAUAUCGACUUCUGUGAGAAUAACCUCUGUGAGAAUGAUGCACUAUGUGUCGAUGGACUACUUGACUAUACAUGUGAUUGCGUUCCCGGUUUUGAGGGGCAUUACUGUGAAGUCAACGUAAAUGAAUGUGUAAGUGAUCCAUGUCAGUAUGGCUCCCAAUGCCUCGACGAGGUCAAUGGUUACUUCUGUAACUGCACCGAAGGCUAUGAAGGUGGUGACUGCCAGGUGGAAAUAGAUGAAUGCUGGAGCUCUCCAUGUCAGAACGGUGCUGAGUGUGUCGAUCAGUUAGCAGGGUACACCUGCUGUUGUGAACCAGGAUACGAAGGAGACAAUUGCGAGCUCGAAACAGAUGAAUGUGAGAGUGAACCUUGUCUAAAUGGAGGAUCAUGCAGAGAUAGUCUGAAUCGUUUCAUCUGCGAUUGCCCGCGCGGAUUCAUUGGUCGAUGGUGUCAGUUUGAGAUUAAUGAAUGUAUUGUCAAUAUGUGUGAGAAUGGAGCCACAUGCGUAGAUGAAGCUGGUGGUUAUUCAUGCCUCUGUGUUCCAGGUUUUUAUGGCGAUAGGUGUGAGAAUGAAACUAAUGAAUGUGCUAGUGACCCAUGCCACAAUGGAGCAACAUGUGAUGAUGUCAUCGAUGCAUACAGAUGCCAGUGCAGUUCUGGAUACGAGGGAAUCAACUGCGAAAGGGAGACAAACGAAUGUGAAAGUGAUCCAUGCCGAAAUGGGGGACAAUGCCAAGAUUUACUUGGGGACUAUAUUUGCAACUGUCUUUCCGGAUACGAAGGGAAAGACUGCGAGCUUGAAAUAAAUGAGUGCAGUAGUAAUCCAUGUCAGAACGGAGGGGAAUGUGUAGACCAAUUUGAUGGCUACACCUGUUGUUGUCUACCACCGUAUGAUGGACCAAACUGCGAGUACGAGAAAAACGAGUGUUUAAGCAAUCCGUGCCUAAAUGGAGCACGAUGCAUUGAUGGAUUUGACGAGUAUCGUUGCGCUUGCACACCAGGCUUUGUUGGUAGAAAUUGCGAAUAUGAAAUCAAUGAAUGCCGUGUGAAUGUGUGUGAAAAUGGAGCCACCUGUAUCGAUGAAAUUGGCAAGUUCACUUGUGUAUGUACUCCUGGGUACGAGGGAAAUAGGUGUGAGAACGAGACCAACGAGUGUCUUAGUAACCCAUGCCGAAACGGCGCUCUCUGUAAAGACAUGUUGGAUAGUUAUUCAUGUCAAUGUCUUCCCGGUUUCCAAGGACCACUUUGUGAGAUUAAUUUUGAUGAAUGCGCCAGCCACCCAUGUGAUAAUGGUGGCCGUUGCAUAGAUAUGGACAACGGAUAUAGAUGUAAUUGCUCUGUUGGGUUUGAUGGACAGAAUUGUAGAAUUAAUAUAGAUGAAUGCCAAAGCUUUCCUUGUGAAAAUGGCGGGAUUUGUCUCGAUGGAGUAAACGAAUUUUCUUGCUUGUGCCAGGAUGGUUAUGAUGGAAUAAGGUGUGAGAUAAACAUUGAUGAAUGCAUAAGUCAGCCGUGCAGAAAUGGUGCCGUCUGCGUAGAUGGUGUCAAUGGGUACAGUUGUCAAUGUGCACCGGGAUACACAGGGCCGGAAUGUGGUCGUGAAAUUGAUGAAUGUAGCAGUGUGCCAUGUCAAAAUGACGGUGUAUGCAUAGAUUUGCUUAACAACUACACAUGUGAUUGCAUGCCUGGUUUUCACGGUAGAGAUUGUGAAAUAAACAUAAAUGAAUGUAACAGUUCACCUUGUCUACAUAGCGCAACGUGUGUUGACCAAGCGAACGGUUACCACUGCGUUUGUCCGAUCGGUUUCAUGGGUGUCUUCUGUGAAAUAGAAAGGGAUGAAUGUUCAAGUUCUCCUUGCAGACACGAAGGAACUUGUACGGAUCUUGUAAAUGAUUACACUUGCAAUUGUUCGCCUGGAUUCAGUGGUCGUAACUGUGAAACAAAUAUCAAUGAAUGUUGGAGCGAUCCAUGCUUGAAUAGGGGAACGUGCAUUGAUAGGGUCGAUGGUUAUGAGUGUGUAUGUCCCGAAGGGUUUUUCGGCUUAAAUUGUGAGACUGAUAUUGACGAGUGUUCCAGUCUGCCAUGUCAGAAUAAUGCUACAUGUGUUGAUGUAGCAGGGGGUUUUAGGUGUCAGUGUGUACCGGGAUAUGAUGGGUCAAACUGCGAAUUCGAAAAGAAUGAAUGUGCCUCACAUCCAUGUCUACAUGGAGGAAUGUGCCAAGACAAAUUUAAUGAUUAUGAAUGCGAAUGUAUGCCUGGGUUCAUGGGGAGAAACUGUGAAGUUAACAUAGACGAUUGUUUAAGUCAACCCUGUCAGAAUGGUGCCUAUUGUGAAGAUCGCACUGAAGAAUAUAGAUGCUUAUGCCGACCUGGAUUCUUUGGAAAAGAAUGUCAAUUUGAAUGGGAUGAAUGUAUAAGUAUGCCUUGUCAAAACGGAGCGACAUGCAGGGAUCUUGAGAACAGUUACAGUUGUGACUGUCCGAUUGGCUACUAUGGUCGUGACUGCGAGUUCGAUCAUGAUGACUGUGCUAGUCGUCCUUGCCAAAAUGGUGCACAUUGUGUUGACCAAGUUGCUGGCUAUCACUGCCUCUGUGUCCCUGGGUAUGUUGGUCGUGACUGUGAGAGAGAAAUAAACGAAUGCGAAAGUAACCCUUGUUUGAACGGUGCUACCUGCACAGACCGACUCGCUUACUAUGAGUGUAGUUGUAUUCCUGGUUUCUUUGGUGAUAAAUGUGAGACAAAUCGCAACGAAUGCUCGAGCCAUCCAUGCCAAAAUGGAGCUAGAUGCGUGGAUGGCGUUAAUGGUUAUCGUUGUAAUUGCACAUCUGGUUAUUUUGGGAUGAAUUGUGAAAUAGAAAAAAAUGAAUGCAUAAGCUCGCCGUGCUUAAAUGCAGCUACGUGUGAAGAUGGUAUUGAUGGCUAUCGUUGCAUUUGCAGUCCUGGCUUUGAAGGGAGGAACUGUGAAACUGAUCGAGACGAAUGCAGGAGCAAUCCUUGCGCGAACGAGGCGACUUGUGUUGAUAAAGUUGCUGAUUUUGGAUGCCUCUGCCCCCCUGGCUUCGAUGGUAAAAAAUGCCAUAACAAUAUUCAUGAGUGCCAAAGUAUGCCAUGUUUGAAUGGUGGUGUAUGUUUAGACCAGAUAGCAGAUUACCAUUGUGACUGCACUCCAGGGUUCAGAGGGAAAAACUGUGGGGAAAAUAUUGAUGAAUGUGCAAGUCACCCUUGCAGAAAUGGAGCAACUUGUCAGGAUCAGAUCGACAGAUACAUGUGCCACUGUGCACCUGGCUUCUACGGAAUACUUUGUGAAUUUGAAAUGAAUGAAUGUGCGAGUCACCCUUGUCAAAAUGGCGCAAGAUGCGAGGACAAAGUUAAUGAUUACAUGUGUCAUUGCUCACCCGGUUAUGUCGGUAAAAUGUGUGAACUUGAGCGUGAUGAAUGCAUCAGCUUGCCUUGCCAGAACGGUGCUACCUGCGUUGAUAGUUUCAAUGCCUAUAUGUGUGUGUGUCCCAAUGGUUUCGCGGGACGUCUCUGUGAGCAAAAUAUCAAUGAAUGUGCAAGUCAUCCGUGUUUGAACAAUGGAACUUGUAUGGAUGGUCCUGGUGGAUACUGGUGUAACUGCAUGCCUGGUUAUAUAGGGAUGAACUGUGAAAUAGAGGAAAACGAAUGUUUCAGCAACCCUUGUAUCCAUGGUGCUACAUGUGUGGAUCAAGUGGCAAGGUACGAAUGCAUUUGUCCAAGUGGAUUUGUCGGAGUAAACUGUGAAGUCAAUAUUGACGAAUGUGCAAGUCAUCCGUGUAGGAAUGGUGGUACCUGUACCGAUGAAGCUGGUAGAUUUAGAUGUACAUGCCCACUAGGGUUUGUUGGGAUGAUGUGUGAGACAAAUUUUAAUGAAUGUGUUAGUCAUCCAUGCCAAAAUGGAGGCAUUUGUCAUGAUGCGAUAAAUGACUACAGGUGUAAUUGCACAUAUGGAUUUUCAGGAAAAAAUUGUCAUAUUAAUGUAGAUGAAUGUCAAAGCAUGCCAUGUAUGAACGGAGCCACGUGUCGUGACAUGGCUGGUGGUUUCUCAUGUCACUGUGCUCAAGGAUUUUAUGGUUCGUUUUGUGAGUCAGAAAUUAACGAAUGUGAAAGUCACCCAUGUCUGAAUGGUGCCAUUUGUAUAGAUCAAAUCGGUGGUUACAUGUGUCAGUGUAUGCCGGGUUAUAUUGGGAUGUACUGUGAAAUUAAUGCUGAUGAAUGCCACAGCCGCCCUUGCAUGAAUGGUGCCACCUGCAUGGAUUUGGUUGCUGGUUAUGACUGCGUUUGUAGUGUAGGGUUUGAAGGGCGCAACUGCGAAAUUGACAUGAACGAAUGCAAUAGCAGUCCUUGUUUGAAUGAUGGUUCCUGUAUAGACUUAGCAGGCCAGUAUAUGUGUCAUUGCCUACCUGGAUUUGUUGGAAAUAACUGUGAGAUAAAUUUUGAUGAAUGCAUGAGUAUACCAUGCCGACAUGGAUCGACAUGCCUGGAUAGGAUUGAUGGCUAUGACUGCCAGUGUUCACCGGGUUUUGAAGGGCGUAAUUGUGAAAUCAACCGAAACGAGUGUGGUUCACAUCCUUGUCUAAACGGGGGUUCCUGUCAGGAUCAGAUAAAUGGUUACGUUUGUCAAUGCAACCCCGGUUUCAUUGGAAGGGACUGUGAAGUUGACAUUGAUGAAUGCGAUAGCCAUCCUUGUCAAAAUGGCGCAAGUUGCACAGACAUGCCUGACCGUUAUGAAUGUCACUGUUUAUCUGGAUUUUAUGGAACGGACUGCGGAUUUAUCAUCAACGAUUGUAGCACAGACGCAUGCAAAAAUGGAGCAACUUGUGUGGAUGGAACAGAUAGGUACACCUGCAAUUGUGCACCUGGAUUCGAAGGAAGGGACUGUGACAUCAAUAGAAAUGACUGCAUCAACCACAUGUGUAGAAAUGGGGCACUUUGUGUCGAUGGCAUCGACAACUAUUCCUGCAGAUGCCAACCUGGAUAUAGUGGAAUGUAUUGCGAAAUAAAUAUAGAUGAGUGUUCAAGCAAUCCCUGUCUUCAUGGGGGAACUUGCUACGACGGAAUUGAUGAUGUCCAUUGUGAGUGUAAGCCAGGAUAUGCAGGACGGUAUUGCGAAGUAAAUGCCCACAAUGACUGUCGAGAAAAGCCAUGUUUAAACGGGGCCACGUGUUAUGAUGGAGAUAAUGAUUACAGAUGCAAGUGCAUGCCAGGAUUUACAGGUAGGAACUGUGAAAUAAACAAGAAUGAAUGUCAAAAUCAUCCAUGCUUAAAUGGUGCAACAUGUAUUGAAGGUGAUAAUAGUUUCAGGUGUGCAUGCACUCCGGGAUUCACUGGAAUAUAUUGCGAGAUGAGAGUCAACGCAUGUCAGAGCCAACCUUGUCAUCAUGGUGGUACUUGCCAGCCAAUAGAGCAUAUUUUCGUUUGUGUAUGUCCAAUGGGUUAUCAAGGAGAUGAAUGUGACCAGGAUGUGAAUGAAUGCAUGCAGAAUCGUCCUGUCUGUCCAGAACACAAAGUUUGUCGAAACACACCUGGCUCCUUCGAAUGUGUCUGUCAGCAAGGAUUUAUUGGAGAACUGUGUGAUAUCCCUGUAGAUCCAUGUGUCUCUUCACCAUGCCAAACUGGAACCUGUGUGAACUACGACGCUGGUCGAUAUACAUGCGCAUGUCCUCCAGGCAUGGGAGGUGAAAAUUGUGAAGUGCUACUGGAUCCUUGCCAUCCAGACCCUUGCCAAAAUGGUGGGGAAUGUAACCCUUCUUCACCUGAUGAUGGUCGAUGUAGGUGUCCUGUUGGUUUCUUUGGACCAUUUUGUGACGUCGCUCUGUCUGUCAGAUGUACCGGAAGCUCUAUGACUGUCUUUGUUCCAACAAACAUUCCCGGUGUCAACUCUCCCCAGUCUAUCAGUUUCACAGACCCGGCCUGUCGUGCAAACCCUCUUGGAAACAACAUGGCUCGACUAUCAACAUUGUAUGAUCAAUGUGGUACUCAAGUUGAGACCACUUUAACGGCAUUAAAAUUCCACAACGUCGUGUAUUUCCCGAAGGGUGACCAUGGUCAUGACCCCGCCCUACACGGUGACCAACAGUCUGUUCCCGUACAAUGUGUUCUUACCCGAGAGCUACUCACCAAGGGUCAGAUUGACAGUUUCCUCACAGAGGACAAUACCAAAGAGCUUACCGGACUGGGGAACUUCUCACUAGAGAUCAGGCAGUAUCGUGAUCAGGAUUUCAAUGUUCCCAUGAAGAAUGGGGAAGAUACCAUCUUGGAGGUCGAGGUGGGAGAGAAACUGUUCUUUGAGGUGAGCUUAGCGCCUGUGGACGGGUUCGACAUAUUCUUGGAGUCUUGUUGGAUGUCGCAAUCUGCCGAGUCAACUGCUACAAUUCGUCACGAUAUAAUAACUGAUGGAUGCCCCUUGGACGAUUCUGUGCAGUUCCUGCCCUUUGAUGAUCAUAAGGACCGAAAAUUUUCUGUCAAACCUGGUUAUUACAUACAUAGUCUCCCGCAGGUCUACUUGCAUUGUCAAGCACAUGUGUGCAAUACCUUGGACAACAAUAGCCGCUGUUCAAUGGGUUGUUUGACGCGUGGCGGUCGACGUCGUCGUGAUGUUAUCCCUGCUGUUGUAUCAUUGACCGCGUCACUCUCUCAUGGACCAAUGACGACUCGAGCUCGUCGUGAUUCCGAUUUGCACGAAGCAGCUGCGCUCACAGAAAGAUCAGAUCUGAAUCAAGUUAGUAAACUCACAAUCUUCGCCGUAGCUGGCUGUAUACUGGUUGUUGCUGUUGCCUUCGUCGUCGUUGCCAUGGUUAUUCUUCCAGUCAAGGCCAACAAGUCCAUACCAUGAGGAUUGAUAGGCCAUCUCCUACCUCAGUAAUAAAAAAAAUCAUAAUAAAUAUAGGAUAUCCGUCUAUUAUGGAACAAGAGUGAAUGUUAGUUUAGUUAUAAUGCUUCAACCACCAAUCGACCCAAAUAAGAUGUCGUAUUACUCUAUCUGAUAGCAAUUAGUUUAUUUGCCUUUUUUUUAGACAGUUGUCUUAAUUCAGGAUUUUUUUAUGUAUACACUUGAUGUACCUCAAACUCCAUGAUGGUCCUUGCAAAAUCAGUACUGAUUGAAAAGGAUUCGAUACGUUAAAGCAUGUUGAACUACCUCUUCGACAUUUAAUUUCUCUUACUUUACUUUUACCUUAGAAAUAUUUUCACAUAAAGAAGAAUUUUUUACUAUAAA